UAGCUGAGGAAGAAAGGCAGCAUGUAGUAGUGUAGCAGGACCUUCAGUGUUUUUGCGAACUUAGUAAAAAAUGUCGCUCUUCUUUCAUUUAGUUAUAUAAUUUACACAGGACAGUCAGACACUCGUUAUCGGUCUUAAGCACAUCUGCAUGCACCAUGGAGCCUGUGAUGCUUCAGGUUUGGCAGAGAGCCUUUCGCCGCCUGCACAGGACCCUGAUCCUUCCGAAGAGGUUCGACUCAGGCUGUGCUGAGCGGGCAGCCGUCCCUGCUUCUGCGCCCUCCUAUGGUAGCAAGCCCGUACUCCUGGUGUCUCGUCUCUACCAGCCUUCGAACUUACGUGAUGUGGCGCAGGACAGCCGGCUGCCAGGGGAGAUGAGCUGCAAGAGCCAGAGGCUCAUGCAGCAGGCUGGGCUUAUUCAUCCAUCCAGCCCAGGGUGCUAUUACUACCUUCCUGCCACCGUCCGCUCCAUGGAGAAGCUGGUGAGAGUGAUCGACCAGGAGAUGCAGGCGAUUGGUGGGCAGAAGCUGGACAUGCCCAGUUUGUGCUCGGCCGACCUCUGGAAAACCAGCGAGCGCUGGGAUUUGAUGGGAAAGGAGCUGUUCCGCCUGAAAGACCGGCACGGCGCCGACUACUGCCUGGGUCCCACUCACGAGGAGGCAGUGACGACUCUCGUCGCUCACCAGGCGACUCUCUCCUACAGACAGCUCCCACUGCUUCUUUACCAAAUCACCCGCAAAUUCAGAGACGAGCCAAAGCCGAAGUUUGGCCUUCUCCGAGGGAGGGAGUUUUACAUGAAGGACAUGUACUCCUUUGACGUGAGCGAAGAAGCCGCUCAUCAGACGUACGAGUCUGUGUGCCAAGCGUAUACUCGGCUCUUCGCCAGGUUGGGUCUGCGUUGCGUUCAGGUGCAGGCGGACACUGGAAACAUCGGCGGUGAACUGUCCCAUGAGUUCCAGCUGCCGGCGGACAUCGGCGAGGAUCGGCUUCUGGUCUGUGGGAGCUGCUCCUUCUCCGCCAACGUGGAGACCAUGUCAUCAGACGACUCCAACUGUCCACAGUGUGAAACUGGGAAACUGGUAGAGUCAAAGGGUAUAGAAGUAGGCCACACGUUUUACUUGGGUAAGAAGUACUCUCACAUAUUCAAAGCCACCUUCAGCAAUGCCCAGAAUAAGCCGGUUGUCGCUGAGAUGGGCUGCUACGGCCUCGGGGUUACGCGAAUUCUGGCGGCAGCAGUCGAGGUGAUGUCAACAGAAGAGGGGAUCCGCUGGCCGGGGCUUAUCGCUCCUUAUCAGGUUUGCGUUUUACCCCCUAAGAAGGGCAGUAAGGUGGACGAGGCAACGCUCCUAGCUGAGGAACUGGUCCAAGCUUUGGGAGAAACUCUGCCUCACCUGAGAGGUGAAGUUGUUUUGGAUGACCGCACACAGAUGACAAUCGGGAAGAGGCUGAAGGAUGCCAGCAAACUGGGUUAUCCAUAUGUUAUUGUAGUAGGACAGGGAGCUCUGGAGGAAACACCCAGGUUUGAGGUGAUCUGUCAGCAGACUGGUGAGACUGUCUUCCUCAGUAGAGAUGGACUGUUAGAUCUACUGGGAAGAGUGGAAACUGUAUGAGUAACAAGUAUGAAUGUUAGAAUAAAUGUUUCAGUUUGUGUGAGGUGGUGGGCAUGGAUUAUUCCAUGUUUUCCAAAGCCUGUGAUUUACACAUUCAAUAAACAAUUUUUAAACAAUAGCUCUGUGAUGUACCUGACCUGCAUUGUACACUACAAUGUAAUGAAGUAUACAGCUUAAUUUUUUUUUUACAGUAAGUCGUGUAAUAAUCCUAAUAAAAACUUAAUCUG